AGGAUAUACGCUCUGGCGCUUCCCCUUAAGAAUAAUUGCGUUUUAACAACGACGUACACUCAGUGUCAAUAAUACUGAAGGUGUCAUCAUAGUGAAACAUGUCUCAACCAACAAUCUCUUUUCCAAUCUUUGGCCCUUUCGAAGUCAUUCUCCAUAACAAACCCGACGACUGCUGGAUAUCGUUCCUGGGCAAAGUUUUCGACGUGACUCCGUUAAUAAAACAAUAUAAGCGUCAAGACUGCGUUAAGCCACUUAUUGCCUUUGCCGGGAAAGAUGUAAGCAAUUGGUUUGAUGAGAGAACUGGAGACAUUCAAUACCGUGUUCACCCGAUCACGGGAGUUGAAGUUCCGUAUUUACCUCAUGGACCUCUUCCAGAAACAGAGUGUGAAGUACCGAGCACCAAGUGGAGGCCAUACGAAAAUCCCCCAUGGUGGAUGAGCCAGAAAUACCAAAUCGGAUUAUUGACGAAAAUGGUACGACCUCUGAAAAUCAUCAACAUGUUGCUGGCAAAAGAAGCAAUAAUAAACGUUUGCUGCGAAGACACUUUCUACAGAAUAGCAGAAAGAUACUCAAUCUAUAAUUCCGAAACUGACAGCUACACUUGGGUCUACUUGGACAACGUAAUCGAAAUGGACAAAACUAUGGACGAAAACGGCAUCCCCGACGACCGGGAAAAAAUGGCCGAACUAGGAAUCCCCAAAACCUUUUACAUACCGAGCGUGUUUUUGUACUACAAAGACGACUUGAAGCACUUGGAAGAUCUGUCCGACGACGACCAUGAGCUCGACGCAGAAGUCUGCUGCACUUGUGCAGCCAUAGACAAACCGAAGCCUUUUAACUUGUUCUAGUCACGGCAUAAAUUUAGAUGAUACAGCGA